GGGAGGGAGAGCAGAGAAGAAGACAGCGUCGGCGGCGGCUCUGCAGUGGAAUAGCUGUUAUUUGAGGGAAGGUGAGAGCUCUCGGAGUACACGGCCAGCGCGUGUUGAGCGAGAUGUGUUUCAGGACUUGAUCGCAGCAUCCUAAAAUAAAGUAACUCCUGGGUUCUUCUCACUUUUACAAAAAUCCUCACUCAAGUCUCCAGACAACACGGGAAAAAAGGGAAAAAGUUCUGUUUAUCUGCAUGUUUCUAUGUUCAAAAAACAAGAGGAAAAAACACAGGGAUUGGCAGAGGACAAAUAACCUCUCAGAGGAUGCGGAAUUAGAAAGAACAAAUUGCCACUGGAGGACCACAGGGUAAAUACAACAUUUUCUUGCAGAUCCACAAGCGUGGAGUCACCUCACCUGCACCUUCGGAUUAAAGAGCAGGGUCAUGUCCCAGUUGCCAUGCGCAUCGCCACGCUGACCUGCCUUCCCGGCCAUUCCCCCCUCCUCUUUCUAUUGGCCCAGCUGCUACUGCGGCUCCUCCUCCCUGGGCCGGAGCUGGUGCGAGCCGCCUCCGCCUGCCCCUCCCUCUGCACCUGCUCAAACCAGGCCAGCCGAGUCAUCUGCACCAGGCAGAACCUGGAUGAGGUACCCGAAAGCAUAUCAGUCAACACACGAUACCUCAACCUGCAGGAAAACUCGAUACAGGUUAUCAAGUCAGACACUUUCAAGCACUUGAGGCACCUCGAGAUUCUCCAGCUCUCAAAGAAUCAGAUCCGUCAGAUUGAAGUUGGAGCAUUCAAUGGCCUCCCCAACCUCAACACACUGGAGCUCUUCGACAACCGCCUCACAUUGGUGCCAUCACAUGCCUUCGAGUACCUCAGCAAGUUGCGGGAGCUGUGGCUGCGCAACAACCCCAUUGAGACUCUACCAGGCUAUGCCUUCCACCGAGUGCCCUCACUUAGGCGCCUGGACCUUGGUGAGCUCAAGAAGUUGGAUUUCAUCUCUGAUGCAGCCUUUGUUGGCCUCAUCAAUCUACGCUACCUUAACCUGGGCAUGUGCGGGCUGAAAGACAUUCCCAAACUGACAGCCCUUGUGCGUUUGGAGGAGCUCGAGCUGUCUGGAAACCGACUGGAAAUCAUUCGACCCGGUUCUUUCCAGGGCCUUGUGUCUCUCCGUAAGCUGUGGCUUAUGCACUCACAGGUGUCCGUCAUUGAGCGCAAUGCCUUCGAUGACCUAAAAAAUCUGGAGGAGCUUAACCUCUCCCAUAACUCCCUGCACUCCUUGCCUCAUGACCUCUUCACGCCCCUACACCAGCUGGAGAGGGUACACCUUAACCAUAACCCCUGGAUCUGCAACUGUGAUGUCCUUUGGUUAAGUUGGUGGUUGAAAGAGACGGUGCCUAGCAACACCACAUGCUGUGCCCGCUGCCACGCUCCCCCAUUACUAAAGGGCAAGUACAUUGGAGAGCUUGACCAGAGCCACUUCACUUGCUAUGCACCGGUCAUUGUGGAGCCGCCUACAGACCUCAAUGUUACCGAGGGUAUGGCCGCUGAGCUCAAGUGUCGCACAAGCACCUCCACAACAUCUGUCAACUGGAUCACCCCUAAUGGCACUCUAAUGACUCAUGGUUCUUACAAGGUGCGGAUAUCCGUCCUGCAUGAUGGCACACUUAACUUCACAAAUGUGACCCUGCGUGACACGGGCCAGUACACCUGCAUGGUAACCAAUGCUGCUGGCAAUACCACGGCAACUGCUGUCCUUAAUGUCACUGCUGCUGAUGCCAGUGUCAACUACACCUACUUUACAACAGUCACAGUGGAAACAUCGGAGACCCCAGGAGAAGAGCAUCCUGCGCGGGUAGACAUCAAUCAGACAUUAAUCCGUGUUUUAUCUGGCCCCACGCCCUCGAGCCACCUCUGGCCUGGAGGUGUUUCUACCACAGCCUCCUCUCUAUCAGCAGGCUGGUCUUCCUCCUCUCCUCGUGCAACCCGACCCACGUUCACUGUGCCCAUCACUGAACCAGGCUUCUCAGGCCUGGACGAUGUGAUGAAGACCACAAAGAUCAUCAUUGGCUGCUUUGUAGCCAUCACAUUCAUGGCAGCGGUGAUGUUAGUGGUGUUCUACAAGCUGAGGAAGCAGCACCAGCUGCAUAAACACCAUGGUCCUGCCCGUGCCAUCGAGAUCAUCAAUGUGGAGGAUGAGCUUGGGGCCGGAGCCAGUGGUAGGGGCAGCGGUAUCUCAGGAGGCUCCACGGUAACGCAGAGUGGAAGCAGUGGAAUAGGAGGGGGACAGAGCCUCAGGCUGCACCACCCAGAGAUGGUCAACUUGCCGAACCUGGCACGUUCAGAGCACCUCAACCACUACUACAAAACUCAUCACUUCAACAACAACAUGAUGAGCCUGGGCAUGGGCACGGGCAUGGGACUCAACAACAACAACAACCCCUCACCUUGCUCCCAGUCUCAGAACACCUCCAUAUCUUGUUCCCAGGUUCCAACCAGUGGAGGAGCACCCACAGGUGGCACCUUGACCUCCCCUGUGCCCCUGCCCCAGUUGGGUCUCCACAGUUCUCUGAAAGGCCUUAUGGGAAAAAGCCAGAAUGAGCCCCUGCUUUUUAAGAGCAGCUCAAAGGAAAAUGUGCAAGAGACUCAAAUUUGAUUAAAAGUGAGAGUGAAAGUAAGAGGUUAGAGAUGCUGGUAGAGACAGUGAGACAGACAGAGUCUGUAAGACCAAGUAUAUGAGACUGAUUGUAGCCUACUGUCCUCAUGGAAAGAUUCCAGAGAAGAUUAUAUUUCACAUAGUCACUGCUUUCUCUUUGUCAAUCUGUUGACAGAGAGAAGCAAACAGGAGGACUGAAGGAGACAGAGUCCAAUUGCAGAUCAGCACUAGUCCCUGCAAAAGCAUCCGCACAUACUUUUCAAAUGAAUUAGACUAAAACCUAUAUAAUGUUAACCACAAACAUCAGAAUCAUUCUGUGAUCUGUGCAGCCUGCUGUAGUCUUUGCCAAAGUCCAAGAUCAAGCAAAUGUUUCGUUUGCAUCCACAACCACAGUGGAAAGCUAUGAAUAAUACACAGGCAAUGAGCCUCUCUAGGUUUUUGACCGAUUGCUUUGUGUAUUUCCAGACACAUACAGUGUAUAUAUUUGGAAGGAGACACAAUAUUGGCCAUUGAACAUGUUGUCAGAUUAGUGCUUGGCAGAGACACUGAAUAACAAACAAUGGUUUGGGUGUACUGUACAGUUCCAGCAUUUAGUGCUUCCCAGGAAGCACUUCAACAAACUAGAGAGAGUCAAAUUUGAGCAAUUCUGUGCAAAAAGCAUGUAUCAGGAUAGUUUUUUAAAGGGAGACAGAUCAAAAACCAAUGUUUUUUCGGGACAGUUUCACUCUCACUUUCUCACUCUUUUCCCUUUUACACCUUACUGUCUAAUGUCUUCUUUGAAGGAGGAGCAAAACAGAGUUGGUUAUGGGAGAAGAUCCAAUCUCAUGGCAAAAAGGACUAUGAGACAUAAAAAAGGACUGAAAGUACAUAUUAUAUAUACCGUAAAUAUAUUUUCAUUCAAAUAAAUAAAUUAUAAAGAAUCUUUAUCAAGCUUCUGACUGGAAACUACAACGUCUGAAGAAUAUAUUUAAAAAAAUAAGUACACACAGCUGUUGUAGUAGCGAUCCGUAACAACUUUUCCAAAAUUGGAACAAGAUGGCCGCUCCUACUGUGCUGCAUAAGGACACGUAUAGGAGAGUGGCAUCCGUUCAGAAGGAGCUAAAACUAAAUCCUGGCAAAGUGUUUAAGUGAUUUAUUUUGGUUUAGACUUUUUUGUAGCCACACAAAGUCUUUUCCUCUCUUGUUGCAUUUACAUAAACAGCGUCACUGGAGAAGAGAAGUCUUUAACGUGUUCUUCGUAAGAUAUAAAAACUGCAGCUCUCCAUCAUUUCGUAUACAAUGUAGCUAGAGCAAUAAUAAUAAUGAUCAUUAUGGUGAUAAUGAUAACAAGCUUUAGCUUUAUUUGUCAUACAAUUGAUUAUUUAGUGAUAAACGCAUUUUAUUAUCAACAACAUUUGACUGUAGCCUACUUGCUAAAGCUUUGCACAUGCUAAUUUAGGAUCCUCUCCAAAAAUGGACACCAGAUUGGCUCAAAAAAUUUGGUUUCAACAAAUAAUGUAUUGUAAUUAUGAUAUGACACAUUAUUGUUAUUAUGUUAUCAUUAUUAUCAUUCAUAUGGAUAUUAUUAUUACUACUUGUGCCUACAAAUAGCUGAAAAUUACUUUUUUUUCAUUUGUAUAUGACACUGUUUUGUGACUGAUCCUGGACUAAUGCAAGGCAGUGGGAUGGACGCAGUGUGCCACUAAAUGAACUCCACAUGCAACAGCAGGAAAUAACCUGGCCCUCAAAAUGGCUUCCUCAGUCCAGCCCUUACUGACUCGUCUGCUCUGAUUUCUCAAGCAGUCAGGACCCCUAAUGUUAUCACCCAUUAAAGACAGGACACGAACCUUUGACGAAGACUGCUCAUUUGCAGGGGAUUAUUUCACAACUGUAUCUCAGUGUUAUCGUGUAUGAGUGGAUUUCAUGGCAGCAGGGAGCUGUAAAUGGACGACAGGCAUUGCCAAGCAUUUUUAAGGUAAGCUAAGCUCGUUCAGUUAGAAGUUGGAGGUGACAUACAGUACAGUAUACAGUGGUGGGAUAAAUUUUUCUAAAGAAAAUGGACAAUUAAAUGAAAAAAUAUAGAACCUUAUAGAUCUCUUUUCAAAAAAAAUAAAAUUAUUAUGAUAAGUGUUUUUCAUUUUGGGUUUUUAUAUAGUUUGAUUAUAUUCUGUUUUUUUAAAACAAGUGAUAUCUUUAUUGUAAUAUUGUUAUUGUUAUUAUAAUUAGCUAAUUACACUGGUUAUAAUUAUGACAGAUGUUCUGUUAGCAGAGGUCACUUUGAAAAUUAAAAAAACCUGGCACAUACAA